AAUAAUUUACACGGUGCCUUUUAAUGACACGGACCAGAAGCAACGUCUGAAAGCUGUUUUGUUCUGGACAUAAACUAUACUCUUGUUACAUCUCUUCGAAUACGAAACCUCAUCACACGAGAGCCUGAAGCAGCUCACUAGGGAACGAUGAUGCGUUACUGGGGCGAGAUCCCCGGGCCGGCAGGCGCCCCACCGAGCCGCAGCUCCUUCGACCUGCUCCAGCGCGAGUUCCGCUCGGUGGAGAUGCAGGACCCCCCUCUGCACCAGCCCUCGGCCCAGCGGCCCCGGCCCACCACCAUGCUGGACAUUCCCUCUGAGCCCUGCAGUCUCACCAUCCACACAGUGCAGCUAUGCCAGCACACCCGACGCCUCCGCAGCCUCCUGGCUGCAGCCCAGGGGAAAGGUCUGGUCCCCUCGGAGGGCGGUGGUGCUGGAGGAAGUAGCAGGCUGGAGGAAGGGGAGGCUCUGCCCCCACGGCCACCCACACCGCCGGCCGCCCCCGAUGACCUGCUGCCCCUGGACAGCAAGGCACCCUGGCAGCCCUUCCAGCUCUGCCACAGCGACCCUGAGAGUGACUUUUACAUGGGAAAAGGUGAGCCUGUCACGGAGCUGAGCUGGCCCUCGUGCCGACAGCUCCUGUACCAGUCAGUGGCCACAGUCCUGGCCCACGCCGGCUUCGAGUCGGCCCAGGAGAGCGUGCUGGAGACCCUGACUGACCUGGCCCACGAGCACUACCUGCGCCUCAGCCGACUGCUGCGCACGGCCGCGGACCGCGAGGCCCACCUGGGCGCCACGCCCUUCCCGGACGUGGUCGAGCAGGUGUUCCACGAGGUGGGCAUCGGCAGCGUGCUGGCCCUGCAGCGCUUCUGGCAGGUGCGCAUCAAGGACUACCACAGCCACAUGCUCCAGGUCAGCAAGGAGCUGUCGGAGGAGUAUGAGCGGCUGGUGAACCCUGAGAAGGCCCUGGAGGACUCCAAGCCCCCGCGGAUCAAAGAGGAACCAAUGAAUGACAUUGCCUUCCCCAUCAGCGAGGAGCCAGAGGCGGACCAGGCCUCUGGGGAUCAGGCCCUCCCCAUGGGGGUUCUGGGGGCCCCAAACGAGAGGCUGGCUGGGGGCCUGGAGGGGGAACACUCACCACACACCUCAGGCGGCGGAGUUGCCAUCAGCUCCCCCUUGUGGCACCUGUCGCAGGUGAAGAUGGAGCCCCAGGACAGCGAGGAGGGCCAGGUGUCAGGCCACGGGGUACUGGGAGGUGAUGUGUUUGAGGAGGGAGGGCCCAUGUCCACCAUGAGCGAGGCAGAUGGCAUGGCGCCCUCGCCCGGAGGGGCGGCGUCGGACGGCAGCUACGCCUCGCACUCUCCCGACUCACUCAUGGGCACGUCACCUGUUUUCAACCAGAGGCCCAGGAAGCGCAUGAAGAAGAUAUGAGGAGCCUCACGGAGGUAGCCAUUUUGUGUCAAGGUAACAUGGGCACAUAGUGGCGAUAAGAAACAUUGCAAGGUUGCAAACAAAUUCCUAUGCCGUUGUCCAUUUUCCCCGAACAGAUCUGAAAGUAUUGGAUAGGUCUCAACAAUGGACACAUUUCCGCACGAGGGCCAUGCGCGCUAGUUGGUGGCAGAACACGGGAGUUAUUCUAGAAUGCCAGCGAAAAAAGCCUCUAUUUACAUGUUGCUUAUGAGUAGCAUUUCACACUACUUUUGGAUUAUAAUUGGAUUUUAAGGCUCGUGUGAAUGUCCCGCUUUAUAUAAUAUGUGUGUCAUCAUCGCAAAUCAACUGCAUUAUACUU